GUUUCGGUUUCUGGGUAUGGCCUUUUUGGUCGAUCGUUCGCUUGUUUGAUGUGGGUUUGCUUUUCUUGUUACGGUAUUUAGCUGGCAUAUUAUUGGUCAAUGUUCUGUGCAUUUUGGUUGUUCAAAAUUCGAAGAUCUUUCUUUGCUGGGGAAAGCUUGGGAUAUAUUUCUAGCAUAUUGCAGGAGAUUUGAGCUUAGUCUUAGGUCUCUGCUAUCCCCUCAGACGCUCAAUUUUGCAGAGUACGUCCCUUCUUUGGUAUUCUGUAGGAAAUCACCAAAACCUGGGAAUGCUGAAAGAUGUGCUUGAAAGUUGAGAAUCCUUUUCUUAAGGUUGAUGGGCCUUUAACUCUAUGUGGAGAGACCUUGAUUAUCUUGGAUGAGGUUGGGGAGUUAGUUGAUAAAUCAGUCAUCCUAGUUUCUCACAUGCCCAGUGUAAAGUGUGUGUUGAGAGAACAUGCUAUGUUGAAGUACGAUGUCUGCGAAGAUGGUUGAGCAUUUAUGCUUCUAAUUUCUGUACAUCAGUAGCUGGUUAUAUUGUACAAAGUUUUUAUUAAAGCAAGUGUAGUACUCAGUUGAAAUGGAGAACCGGGGGGGUGUUCUGAUGCACCGAUAUGAAUUGGGAAGAUUACUUGGGCAAGGCACAUUUGCCAAGGUUUAUUAUGCUAGGAAUAUCAGCACGGGCAUGAGUGUUGCCAUCAAGAUGAUCGACAAAGAGAAGGUUUUGAAAGUUGGAAUGAUUGAUCAGAUUAAGCGAGAGAUUUCGGUCAUGAGACUAAUUAGGCACCCACAUGUGGUGGAGCUUUACGAGGUCAUGGCCACCAAGACCAAGAUUUACUUUGUCAUUGAAUAUGCUAAAGGUGGGGAGCUAUUCGACAAGGUAGCCAAAGGGAAACUGAAGGAGGACGUCGCACGGAGAUACUUUCAACAGCUGAUUGCUGCUGUAGAUUAUUGUCACAGCCGAGGUGUUUGUCACCGGGACUUGAAACCGGAGAAUCUGCUCUUAGAUGAGAAUGGGAAUUUGAAGGUUUCAGACUUUGGGUUGAGCGCCCUUGCUGAAUCAAAGUGUCAAGAUGGGUUGCUUCACACAACUUGUGGGACCCCUGCUUAUGUUGCUCCAGAGGUGAUCAAUCGAAGGGGUUACGAUGGAUCCAAAGCUGAUAUUUGGUCAUGUGGCGUGAUCUUGUUUGUUCUUUUAGCUGGUUACCUUCCCUUCCAUGACUCUAAUCUCAUGGAGAUGUAUCGUAAGAUUGGAAAAGGAGAAUUCAAAUUUCCAAACUGGUUUGCACCGGAUGUGCGUCGACUCCUUUCGAAGAUCUUAGAUCCAAACCCAAACACGAGAAUUUCAAUGAUGAAGAUUAUGGAGAGCUCUUGGUUCCGGAAAGGUCUAGACUCCAGAAGUAUAUGUAUCGUAAGAGAAGUGAAAGAACCGCCGCCUCUUGAUGCUGAUGCAUUAUUCGGUCCUGAUGGGGUUGAAAAUACCAUUAUGGAGUCAAAGCAGGAACCGUCGCAACUUAGCAACCUGAAUGCUUUUGAUAUCAUAUCAUAUUCUGCAGGAUUUGACUUGUCUGGAUUGUUCGAGGGAGUGGAUCAAAGAAAGGAAGUUCGGUUCACGGUGAAUAAACCAGCUUCUGCUAUAAUCUCAAAGCUCGAGGAUAUAGCCAAGCGCCUGAGGCUGAAGGUGAAGAAGAAGGAUGCUGGAGUGAUGAAAUUCGAAGGCUCCAAGGCUGGAAGAAAGGGUGUCCUUGGUUUUGAUGCUGAAAUCUUUGAGAUUACUCCGGCUUUUCAUUUGGUGGAGAUGAAGAAGUCAAAUGGGGACACAAUGGAGUAUCAGAAGGUUCUGAAGGAGGAAAUAAGACCGGCUCUCAAGGACAUUGUCUGGACCUGGCAAGGGGAGCAACCGCUGCCGCCCCCACCACCUCCACUGCCGCACCAGCUGCUUUUGGAACAAGAAGAAUCGUAUCCUUCUCAAGAUUCGCCUUUGCCUGUCACUUCGUCGCAGGAUUAUCCAUGAGUACUCUCUAGCUUUGUGGUGUUUUAUGUUUGUUGUCAGAUCCUGUUCAUGUGAUUGUUGCUAUCGUUCAAGCGGUCUGGAAGUACAUAUAAUGGUACUUAUUAAGACUCAAUGAAGUUGACUCUACUACAUUGUGUUGCAUCUUAUUGUACUUUGAUUGUCAACAAUGCAUUUGGUGUUUUGCGUCC